CGCCCAUCAUAGAACAGUGGGCACUACUUACACUUCCAGAACUUUCAACCUUGAACAACAUUGUGAAUUUCUUUAGAAUUCAAUCAAUUCAUACCGUCAUCGUUUUCACAGAACCUUCUUGGCCUCUUUCUCUUAUAGCAACUUCUAAAUUCGAAAUCAUUAAGCCAUGGAUGCCUCACGAGUCGUUGAAGAGCCAUUUCCGGCUCAGUCGAAAUUUGCCAUUGGCUCUAUUGACGGACUUCCCACUGAAGCUUCUGUUCUGCACUUCUCAGACAAAAUCCUCAUUACUCUAUCUCAAGAAGGCAGACUGUCACAAUGGCUUCAAGUCCCGCUCUCAGCCCCAUCAUCAGCUUCAGUAGACAUGGCCCUGGCCAAUCCUAACCUCCUACCUAUGUCCCACCUAACUCCGAAGACUCUGUUUGGUGGUGGUGGAGAAGAGCGCGAAUCUCUAGCACAACUUUACGCCGUUCAAAUCGCCAGCCACGUUGCAAGGCGUAAUUCGAAUGAGGAACGUACGCUGGUCGUCGGGCUUGGACUGAAGACACUCAAGCCCGAUCGCGAAGCUUUCUUCGAUGUCCUCGAGCUUAUUCAGAAGGUUUUAUAAAUCUAACCGUCAAUGAUUCAGACGUUCAUGCAGCAACCACAGUAGCACUGGGAGCCAACGCC